AUGGAUCAUCAGCCAGGACUAGGAGAGAUGCUAAGACUCUUUUGGUCAAUCUUCACUCAUGCCGUUCUCCUCUCCUGCAUGGGUUCACACCUCUCAUCCGCCACCUCCAACCCUGGAAACCACUCGGAUCUCCUGGCUUUGCUCGCCUUCAAAGAUGGGAUAACUCAAGACCCACUUCGCAUCAUGAACUCUUGGAAUGAUUCUCUCCAUUUCUGUAAGUGGACCGGAGUGACAUGCAACCUGGCAACCGAAAGAGUUACUGUUCUCAACUUAGAAUCUCAAAGGUUGGUUGGAUCUUUGUCUCCUUCUAUUGGAAAUCUUACUUUCCUUUCUUCAAUCAACCUUCAAAAUAACAACUUCCAUGGCGAGAUUCCUCAAGAAAUCGGUCGUUUGAGACGCUUACAACAUCUCAGACUGACGUACAAUUCCAUUGAAGGCAAGAUUCCUUCCAAUCUCACUCACUGCACGUACCUCAAAACCCUUAAUUUAUCUAUAAACAACAUUAUAGGGCAAAUCCCAGACCAGCUUAGUUCACUCUCUAAGAUACAAAAUCUCGGCCUCGGAGGUAAUUUUCUCACGGGAAACAUCCCAACGUGGAUAGGGAAUCUUUCAUCUCUAUACCUUUUCAGUCUUGGACAAAAUAGUUUCCAAGGAAGCAUACCUCAUGACCUUGGACGACUUUGUUGCUUGGGAAAAUUUACAGUCUACGGUAAUGAGCUCACGGGUGAGAUCCCAUCGUCACUUUACAAUAUCUCCUCCAUUUAUUACUUCUCAGUCACACAAAACCGUUUGCAGGGUAGCCUUCCCAUCGAUGUAGGCCUCACUCUCCCUAAUCUUGAGGUAUUUGCUGGGGGUGUAAAUAAUCUUACCGGAUCCAUUCCUAUGUCAUUGUCAAAUGCUUCUGAGCUUGAGAUACUUGAUUUCGCCGAGAACCAUAUUACUGGUCCUGUGCCUGUGAGUCUAGGGAGCUUAAAGCGCUUAAGUAGACUUAAUUUCGAUGAUAAUCAUCUUGGAAGUGGCAAAUCCGGUAACCUGAAUUUCCUUACAUUUUUGACUAAUUGUACGAAUUUGCGAGUAUUGGGUAUAGCUUACAAUCGUCUAGGAGACGAAUUGCCCGAUUCCAUAUCCAAUCUCUCGACUCAGCUCAGCAUAUUCACUAUGGGUUCAAACAUGAUACAUGGAAGCAUUCCUGUGGGGAUUGGUAACCUUGUCAAUUUGACAUUACUUGGCAUGGAAGGGAAUAUGUUCACUGGUAGUAUCCCUGCUGCCUUGGGGAAACUUAAGAAAUUACAGAAAUUGUAUUUGAACUAUAACAGAUUGUCUGGUCUAAUUCCUUCCUCCAUAGGCAACUUGACCCAAUUGAUUGCAGUGUUCAUGGAGGACAAUAACUUAGAAGGAAAGAUACCUGCUAGUCUUGGAAAUUGUCAAAAUUUGCUGCAAUUGAACCUCUCUUUUAAUAACCUAAGUGGUAUCCUAACAAAAGAAGUUAUAGGUAUUUCUUCCCUUUCCAUUUCAUUUGCAGUGGCGCAUAACUCUUUGAGUGGUUCUUUACCAGUAGAAGUGGGUAACUUGAAAAAUCUCAUGGAGUUGGAAGUCUCUGAGAACAAUUUUUCCGGUGAAAUACCGAACGCACUUGGCAGUUGUGUUAGCUUGGAACGCCUAUACAUGGCCGGUAAUUCCUUCCAAGGAUCAUUCCCUAUCUCCUUUGAGGCUUUAAGAGCACUAGAAGAAUUGGAUCUUUCACGCAAUAAGCUAUCCGGGGUGAUUCCACAAUAUCUUGAGUAUUUCUCAUCCUUGAAGAUACUCAAUCUCUCUUUCAAUGAUUUCGAAGGACAAGUACCAAAACUUGGGCUCUUUGCUAAUGCAAAUGCAAUUUCAGUUGUUGGAAACAGGGGUCUUUGUGGUGGUAUACCAAAACUACAAUUGCCCAUAUGCUCCAAAGAAGCCCCUAAUAGAGGAGGGAAGGUUUCUACAUCAAGUAUAAUAAUCAUAAUUUCCAUUGUGGUUUCAACGAUUGUUGUCAUUUCAUGUUUCGUUACUAUCUUCUCUUGGAUGAGACGCCCACGGAAGAGAGCUUUAGCAGCAUCUUCUUCUAAUGAUUGGCAAUUACGUAUUUCUUACUCGGAGCUAUUUAGAUCAACUAAUGGAUUCUCAGAAGAUAAUUUAGUUGGUCUUGGUAGCUUUGGUUCUGUGUAUAAAGCAGUUCUACAAGAAAGUGAAGCAGUAUGA